AUGGGUUCCAUCAGCGAAAAUCUCGAAUACGAUGCCGUCCUCAUCGGCGCCGGUUUCGGGGGCUAUACUAUGCUUCCCAAGCUGCGUAAUCUGGGGCUUCGCGCAAAGAUUUUCGAGCGAGGUUCGGGAUCUGGAGGUGUCUGGUCACUGAUCAUGGGUCUAGACCCUGGUGCUCGCGUUGAUAGCGACUCGCCGGCUUAUCAGUUCUUCGACAAGGAGAUUUGGGAGGAUUUCGCCUUCUCCGAACGCUUUCCUGGAUUCCGCGAGCUGCAGAAAUACUUCCAACACGUCGAGAACAAGUGGGACCUACGAAAGGACAUCGAGUAUCACAAAAAUGUCAUCUAUGCGUUCUGGGACUCAGACAGUCGACGAUGGAGGGUGCGUUGUUCGGACGGAACCGAAACAAAAUGUCAAUGGUUGUUCGCAAACGUGGGCUUUGCGGCCAAAGAGUAUAUGCCGGAUCUCAAAGGCUCUGCCGAUUUUCAAGGCGAGAUGUAUCACACGGCACAUUGGCCGCACCAUGAAGUCAGUCUUCGAGACAGAAGAAUUGCCGUCAUUGGAACAGGAGCGAGUGGCAUUCAGGUGAUUCAAGAGGCGGGAAAGGUCUGCAAGCAUCUCACAGUGUGUCAACGCACGCCCAAUUUCUGCCUCCCCAUGCAACAGCGUGGCCUAGAUGCCAGAGAAGAGCAGAAAAAGAAAGAUGACGGGACUUACGAAGCCGCUUUCAAAGCGUGCGAGAAGACCGAUGCCGGUGUUCCAUACCAAAACAACGGACGCAAGACCUUCGACGACACGAGUGAACAGCGUGAAGCCUUCUGGAACUCUCUCAUCCAAGACGGCGGCUUCAAAUUCUGGGUCGCCGGCUAUGCGGACAUGAAUGUCGACCAGAAAGCCAACGACGCCGCCUACGACUUUUGGCGGCGCAUGGUACUGAAACGCAUCAAAGAUCCGGAGAAGGCCCGGCUAUUGGCACCGGAGGUCCCACCGCAUCCGUUCGGUGCGAAGCGUCCAUCCCUGGAGCAGGACUAUUUCGAGGUCGUCAGCCAGGAGAACGUGGACAUCCUCGAUUUGAACGAGUUCCCCAUCGAAGAGAUCAACGCCACGGGCAUUCGUACCGCGGCAGGGCAGGUCGAUGUCGACCUGAUCGUUCUGGCAACGGGGUUUGAUGGUUUGACGGGCGGUUUCAUGGAUAUCGACCUUCGGGGCGUGGACGGACAGACCCUCAAGCAGCACUGGAGCGACGGAGUCAAGACUUCGGUGGGCGUGGCCGUGCCCGGGUUUCCGAACAUGUUCUUUCUCUUCGGACCGCAAGCACCGUCGACAUUUUCCAAUGGUCCAUCUUGUAUCCAAUUCCAAGGCCGAUGGUUCGAAAAGCUGAUCAAACGAGCGCUGGCCGAGGGCAUGGAAACCAUCGAGGCGACAGAAGAAUCGGCCAAUGACUGGGUUCGAAAGAUUCGCGAGAGGUGGGAGGCAACGCUUCUCCCCCAGGGCAAGAUAAGUCUACUCUUUCCUGGUGAUAUCUCCGUUCCGUUGCUGACGUCUCUCCACAGCUGGUGGACCGGUGCCAAUAUCCCGGGCAAGAAAGUGCAACCUCUCAGUUGGGUAGGGGGUCUGCCCUCAUACAUGCAAAUGCUGGAUGAGACGUUGGACAACAAUUACCAGGGCUGGAUCGUAGGACGCGAGGAGGCAUCUAAGCAUGGCAGUGUGUUGGAGAGAUAA